GAGAAACUGAGCCUGCAGUAAAUGUUAUGGUACAGCGGUCAAAUUUAAAAUGAUAUGCGUCGAAGUCAUUACGCAGUAACAAACAUGGCGGCAAAGUCUGAAAAGCCAUGUGAGUUGACACUCGAUUUACAACCAAUUUCUCCCGAUGAAGACAGCUCAGGAAGCUGUGAAAGUAUUAAUGGAGCGCCACCUCAGACUCCCAGUUCUCCUUCGAAAGCCAAACCCGAUAAUGUUGUAUUCCGUCAGUCAAACAGGACUAUUUAUACCGCAGGUCGCCCUCCAUGGUACAACCUCCAAGGACAGCUUAAAGAACCAUUUGUCAUAGGUUUGUGUGGUGGUAGUGCUUCGGGAAAAACCACUGUUGCCAACAAGAUCAUUGAACAACUUGGAGUUCCAUGGGUCAGCAUGCUCUCACUUGAUUCCUUCUAUAAGGUACUGACUCCAGAACAACAUAAGGCAGCACUAAGGAACGAGUACAACUUUGAUCAUCCAGGUAAGGUUGAUGAAAGAAGGAUUGUGUUAUGGUCAUACCCAAAUGAGUACCUUCUUCAAAGUUUUCUUUAGCAGGUUGGUCAGGUUGAAAGGUCUGGGUGUCAGCUGGGUCAUUGUGUCAUCUUCCAGUGCAAGUUGCUUUACUUUCAUGGUACCUUUUUUCUUUAGGAAAUUGUCAGAAUGGAUUAGAAGUAGUGCUCCAAGGCACUUCAUGUAAUUAUAACUGGGAUAUUAGCUCUGGCAGUAAUGAGUCAGCAGCUGACAAGACAGCAGCAAGGUUCAGGAAAUGCAUGCAUGCAGAACUGCAGAAUGAAUCUUGCCAAAAGCAAUGCAACCCUAACUCUUUAUUGGGUUGCUUUGGUGUAUGAUGAAGAUGAGAUUAUGGAGACUGUCAGAAUUGUUAUGAGUUUUGGUUUUCUUAAAUUAUGUUUGCAUUACAGAACUG